CUUUAACAACAGGUAUAACAACAAGUCAACCAUCAGUUGUUACUACAGCUCAACCACCAAUAACUACUGGCCAACCAUCAAUUGUGACAACCAGCCAACCUGCAGGUGUAACAACAGGUCAACCAUCAGCUGUAACCACAGGCCAACCAUCAGUUAUUACUACGGCUCAACCUACAGUUACAACAGGUCAACCAUCAGUUGUCACUACUACUCAACCACCAACUACUGGCCAGCCAUCAGUUGUAACAACAGGUCCACCAUCUGUAAUUACUACAGCUCAUCCAACAGGUAUAACAACAACAGGCCAAACAUCAGUUGUAACUACUGCUCAACCACCAAUAACUACUGGCCAACCAUCAGUUGUAACAACAAUUCAACCAUCAGUUGUAACAACAAUUCAACCAUCAGUUGUUACUACAGCUCAACCACCUAUAACUAUUGGCCAACCAUCAGUUGUGACAACAGGCAAACCAUUUGAGGUUACUACUGGUCAACCUACAGUUACAACAGGUCUACCAUCAGUUGGAACUACAG